CCUUGAUUCCCCACAGUUAUUCGCAAAACUGUGCACCGCGGCAAGUGCAGAUCCCGGGGUCUCAGUGUUUUCAAGUUCAUUCCGUGUUUGGAUCUCGCUCGAAACGGUCGUAUCACAUCGGGAAAGCAAGUCGAAGCAUUUCCCAGCGGAUAUAUUUACGAAACUACGUCAAGCCGUAAUCAAAGAAAAAGUGAAACCAAUUAAUCUUCCUUCUAUUCAGUGAAUGAGAGACUGCCGGGACCACCCAGUACCCAUCCCAGCGUGAAUGGUGAUAUCGAAACUGAAAAUGAAGCUUCUUUUGUCCAGUCUGGCGAAAAGUAGAUGUGCCCAACUGAUUGCGGUAGCUUUAGUGAUGCUUCUACCAGCGGUCAGGGCGCAAGAUUACGACGUGACUGAUAUUCAGUGCUCGUUUGCAUCACAGGGCUCCAACCUGGGUGACAUCAUAACGGCCAAACUGAAGAAACCCAUCGGCUUCAAGGGAGCGCCCCUGUUUGCCGACGACCGUGCUGUAAACCCGGAGGCCGAUUUCGCAUGCUCUAUCAAGCAGGACAGAAAAGACCCCAGCGAUCUUAGCUUUGACCUCAAGAUCACCGACUUCUCACGCUGCGGUGUGCUGAAGAGGAAUGGUUUUGUCCACGUGCGUAUUUGGUUCCCCCAGUUCCCAUCGGUGGUAAUGCAAUCCGACCAGGAACUGAUUAUCAUGUGCAAGCCGCCGGAACCGACUGUCAUUCAGAACAAGGCGGCAGGAUUUGCCGGUAGUUUCCCUCAUGGAGCACGUGUUUCUGGUGUGGUAGAAGAGACCCCCGGUCGUUUGGAAUACGAAGUUGCCCUGUAUAAGGAAGCUCCUCCAAUUGCUAGAAUAGCAGGAAUGAAGAACCAUUCAUCGUCGGGAUCUUUACCGGCGCUAACGAACAAUGAAGUCCCCGUGGAUCAAGCCGUUCCGAUUGGGACGAAACUUCAGCUGAGAGCUCGCAUCAGUGCGCAGAGUGUUUGGAAGUAUGUCAAACUACUGGAGGUGACCGUUUCGCCGGAUCCCGACGAUCCGCAUGCUUUAGGAUCGGUUUCUCUGGUCCGCGAAGGCUGCCGCAAUCGAGACUUCGCAUCAAUCAUACCGCAUCAACCGGCACGCUACCGUGACAAACCGAAUGAAGUUUUCCUAGAUUUUGAAGCUUUUCUGUUGAGCUCGAUGAAGGAACGCAGUACCUUGUGGAUUCAUUCGCAAAUUAAAGCCUGUAUGGAUGCAAUGGAUUGCCAACCAGAUUUCUGUCUCGAUCUUUACGAACCAACGAAACGAAAGGGAUUAGGACGGCGCCGAAGAUCCGUUGGGGAUAUUGCUUAUAGUAAUCUCUUGUCAAUGAUAGGGCAUGACCGAUUCCGAAGGUCCUCUGGUACUCUCAAUACAACGGAGUUCACAAAGUUCAAUGAGAACAUCGAAUAUACCGUUCUGAUGCCUGGUCAAUAUGACGAUUUGAGGUAUCAAGAAGUCCCAGAUCAGUGCAAAAACUUUGUUAUGAUAUCAGGACUGCUAGCUGGACUACUGGCGUUAUCAACCAUUAUAACCUGCGGUUUGGCAUCGAGAAUGCAAGGCAAUGGAAAGAAAUCUUCGAUUGAUGAACUGAACGUGAAAGGCUACUCUGGUCGAGCAAUCGUCCAGUAACGCAAGGCUCAAAGAAAUCGUGUAUCAACCGACUUCAAUGAAUCGUUGAAUGUCACAUCGAUCAACCGUCAACCGUCAAAGAUAUAAUUACAGAAUUUGUAAAUUUAGGAAGCUAGACAAAACAAAUACUUGUAGCUUAAGAUAGAAUUUAGCCGAUCACCAUAUAGCGUACUAAGCCCAAUUUUUAAGUUGCCGGAAAAGCUUCAGUUUGUUAAAAAGUUGAACAUUUUAAAAGUUGGGCUUACCGAACGAAAUGCGAGCCAAACCGGAAGACGAAUUUUAGGCACCACUUUUCUAGUGGCUGCUACCUAGACUGCAUUUUCAUUAGUUUUUAUACAAAAUCAAAACGAAAGAUACAUAUGAAAGUUGUUCACAAAGCGUAUUUUGAAGAGCAUUUAGUGUUAACUUUAUUUAUUAUGAAACGCGCAAAUUGUAAGAUUAUUUUAAAUUAUUGAUUUUGUAAUUAAUUUAUAUUAAUACGCUCCUCGUUUGGAGACUUUACAACUCGGCGUCUAUGUACAGUGAUU